CGAUUAUCUGAUUUCAAUCAUCAUCAUCAUCGAUUUGUGUGUUGUUUAUCCCAGUGGAAGAAAAAUCAUUGCCGAUUCUCAAUCACAUCGUCAUUAUCAUCAUCAUCAUUUUAAAGAAAAUAAAAUCAAUGAAUUGAUUGAUUUUGCACGAACAUUCUACCUCUGAUUUGAUUCUGGUACGAUUCUGUGUUUUUUUUUCAUUGUUAUAUACAAAAAUAAAAGAAUGGCUCGAAAAAUUGAUAAAACAAUCAAAUUAUGUGUCAUUUGUGGUGAUAAAGCUAAAGGUAUCAAUUUCAAUGUAUUGACUUGUAUGUCAUGUAAAGCAUUUUUUCGCCGUAAUGCUUUACGUAAAAAAGAUAUGAAGUGUCCAUUCAAUGAUGCCUGUCAAAUUGAUAAGAUAACUAGAAAAUUUUGUUCCAAAUGUCGAUUGAAAAAAUGUUUCGAAAGUGGAAUGAAAAAAGAAUGGAUAUUGAGCGAUGAAGAAAAACGAUUGAUUAAGGAGAAAAUUUUGCGAAAUAAAAUUCGUAAACAGCAAUUGGAAUCGGAACGAAAGCAGCAGCAACGACAACAACAGAAUGAUAAUGGCCGUAUUGAUCAUCAAAAUGUAUCAUCAAUGAAUAAGAAAAUGACAACAACAAGCAGUAAUGGUCGUCGCCGUCGUAAAAAUGGUUCAAUCAAAACAGAAAAUACUACUACUGUUGCUGCUGCUGUUGUUGAUGAUAAAAACGUAUUGAUCGAUAAUCAACAAUAUCGAUAUUGA